AUGGCACAGCAGGACAAAGUCUCGAAGGAGCAAGUGUGCCUGCUGUGUCGCCGGGCAGAGGCGGAUCCGGACAUUUGUGGGGUCAAGAGGGUGAAGUUCAGGCUCUGCGUCCAUAUCUACUGCCAGUUCUUUGCCAGCGGGCUUUUUCCACAAGAGAACUCGGAAGACUUUUUUGUUAGGGACACCAGACGCGUCAUCCAGGAGGCAGCCAAGAAGUACUGCUUUGCUUGCAGCAAGAUGGGGGCCACCAUCACUUGCUGGAAGACGGGGUGUGACCGCAGCUUCCACCUGCCCUGCGCCCCACAGGGUGAAUGUGUCACCCAGUUCUUCGGGCUCUACAGGUCCUUCUGCUGGGAGCACCGCCCACGGCAGGCAGUGCAGGCCCGCCCAGGGCAGAACAACACCUGCAGCAUCUGCUUGGAUACUGUGGAAGACAAAACAUCCUUCAAAACCAUGGUGUGCCCCGCAUGCCAAGACGCCCGCUUCCACCGGCACUGCAUCCAGAGACUGGCUCUCCAUGCUGGCGUCUGCUUCCACUGCCCGUGCUGCCAGAACCAAGAGCUGUUUCUGAUGGAAAUGCUCACCAUGGGGAUCCGAAUCUCCAAGAGACCUCCAUCUUGGGAGAGCGACCCAGCAGUCGAAGCAUUAGAUCAGAGGCAGAGCCGCUGCGACACCACCACGUGCCUUUGCCCGGGGGGCAGGAAGCACGCAGAGGAAGAGGGGCCCUGGGAACUGCUGCUGUGCAGCUCCUGCGCCGCCGAGGGCACCCACCGACACUGCUCCUCUUUGGAGAGCAGCACCAGCUCCUGGGAGUGCAAGGGCUGUGCUGGCACAGAGACUGGCUCCACUGGCAAUUCAGAGCUUGCCAAGCCCAGCACUUCCAGCCAGGCAGCAUCAGGGCUGGGCCAUGCAAGCAGCAGCCUCUCCAGGCACCCUGGGCCAGCCCAGAUCCAACACGGCACACCAUGGCAGGCACAAAACUCGGGCAGCCCCACGGUAAAAUGCCCAAAGAUCAACCGUGUGCCACUGCUGAGCGCCGAGACCAGCAGCCCCAGCACUUCCAGUCAGGCAGUGUCCCAGAACGCGUUGCCCAUCAACAGCAGCAGCUGCUUCUCCCGCCCUCGGCAGAGCUUGAAGCGGCAGCGCCCAGAGCAGGACAACGAGUCGUGGACACCCUACAGCCCGCCAGCAAAACGCCGCAGGAUGGACGAGGAGCCAGCCCAGAGCGCUGAGGGCAGCAGGCCCAGCACCUCCAGCCAGGCACCGUGGCUGUACCGCAGCAUUUGGGCAGCAGGCAGAGCGGCAUCACAGUUACUGCUGCUGUACAGACCGUCAUGGCUCUUCCCCAGCUCCGUGAGGGAAAACUGCUCCCGGCCGGGGCCGGUUCGGAUGCGACACAUCUCGCGGCAGCGACGGCGGGCGAGGAAGCCCUACAGCCUGCCCCGAAACCACCGCAGGACCCGGCGUGCUGGGCCCCCCCACCCGCCACAGAAGCACAGGAAAAAAAGGAAAUAA